AUGCCAGGACAUCUCGGUCAAAAGAUACUUAGUGCGUUUGGUGGGAAUCACUCUCAAUCUCACCAGCAACAGCCACAGCAACAGCAACAGCAACAGCAACAGCAACAUUUUCCUGGCCACCCGCCCGCACAGCAGCUUCCAGGCUAUGGAUUAGUGAACGACGACGAGCGCCCACUAUCCUCCCACCCGAAUAGAGGCACCUACCCUCGCCUCGCUCGUCUCUCCGACGGCUCCAUUCUAUCCUCCUUCACACGAUUCCCCGAUGGCAAACGUGCCCUUUGCGUCGCCCGCAGCACCGACAAUGGCCGAACAUUUGAGAAUAUUUCGGAGGUCACACGCGCAGAGGGGGAUGUUGAUAACAUGUUUCUCGUAGAGGCUGCACCAGGCGUGGUGCUAGCAGCAUUUCGCAACCACACCCUAGGUCCAAACGGUCCCACGCAUUUCCGUAUAACGGUAUGCAGGUCCAUGGACGGAGGUCACACAUGGCGUUUCGCCUCCCAGGCUGCGGAGAAAGGAGCCCCACUCGGUAUCUGGGAACCAUUCAUGCGAAUCGGACAACGCGGCGAAGUCCAACUCACCUAUUCCCAAGAAUUCGCGCAUAAUAACCAGUGCACUAUGCUUGUUAUAUCGCAUGACCAGGGAAGUUCCUGGUCCCAUCCUGUCUGUUUACAUGGUGAUCGGGAUCUUCUCCGUGACGGCAUGAACGGUAUCGCUAGAACCUUUGAUAACGGCCGAGAGGCUUUGGUUAUGGUUUUUGAAACUACGAGAUAUGGUCCGUUUAGUGUUGAGGCUCUUAUCUCGUAUGAUGAUGGGGCUUCAUGGCAUAAUCGCCAUGAGGUCUUUAGACCGAAGCAAGGUCAUAAUGCGGGAUCUCCACAGAUUGCGUCUUUUGCUGAUGGCUCGAUGGUCGUUGUGUUUAUGACUGAUGAUGAUUCGCCGGAUGUGAAAUGGGUUAAAAAUGCUUCUAUUAAGGUCGUUUUUGGGGGGCCUCCACUGAAUGGAAGGAUUCCUUGGGGUCCUCCUGUUUUUGUGUCUCCGGCUUCGAGCUUCUGGCCUGGUGUUAUGGCUAUUGAUCACCAUACUGCGCUGGUUACAUAUGAUCGGGGUGGUCCAUUGGCUAAGACGGUCACUUGGCAGCGCAAUUAUUGA